AUGAGUUGGGUGUCAUAACAAAAACUUCAUUUUGAGGCCCAAUUGAAGUGGAGCCCAAAACCCUAAAAGAGUUUGGUUUCGCACCACGUGCUGUGUCACGCCAUACCGACCUCUGACCCUUGGUACAUCUGCGGGUUGUUUGCUUGCUUGCAUGAACUAACCUUUCUUCUCCGGUGGAGGUGGAUGUUCUUGCCUGCGAUUCCACCCAGAUCUGAAGGAUCUUACCAUCAAACGAAGAAAGAUAUAAAUAGAUAUGCAGGAUCAGGAUGUGGAUGUGGAUGUGGCUGAUGCAGCAAAAGAAACGUUUACAUCUUCUGAAACUGAUGACUGGAAAAAAUACAAGGAUGAUGAUAUUAUGCAACAGCACUCUGCCAUACAAGCUGAACAAGCUGUAAAAGUUCCAUUUCUUGGUGAUAAGGAACCUUUGUCCUCAUUAGAAGCUGAAUACCAUCUGGGAAAUUCAAUUGUGCUUGAGAAAAUAAAGGUGCUGAGUGAACAGUAUGCUGCCAUUAGAAGAACACGUGGAGAUGGGAACUGCUUUUUCCGCAGUUUCAUGUUUGGUUACCUUGAGCACAUUCUGGAAUCACAAGAUCACAAUGAAGUUCAACACAUUAAAUCUAAUAUUGAGGAAUGCAAGAAGACACUUCAAAGUUUGGGCUAUGCAGAAUUCACCUUUGAAGACUUUUUUGCAUUAUUCCUCGAGCAACUCGAUAGUGUUCUUCAAGGUAGCGAAGAUUCCAUAAGUCAUGAUGAACUCCUGUGCAGAAGUCGUGAUCCAUCAAUUUCUGACUAUGUUGUUAUGUUCUUCAGAUUUGUGACAUCAGGUGAAAUAAGAAAGCGGUCCGAGUUUUUCGAACCAUUUAUUCUAGGACUAACAAAUACCUCAGUGGAGCAGUUUUGCAAGUCAGCAGUGGAACCCAUGGGUGAAGAGAGUGAUCAUGUGCAAAUUACAGCCCUAUCAGAUGCAUUGGGUGUACCGAUCCGUGUUGUAUAUCUUGACCGAAGCUCAUGUGAGAACAACAGCAUCAAUGUAAAUCACCAUGACUUUAUUCCUACUAGCAGGGAGGUCGGGAAUAGUGAUGUUUCCAAGACCACAAAUCGUCCAUCUAUCACCCUGCUGUAUCGCCCAGGGCAUUAUGACAUUCUGUACCCCAAGUGAUAUUCUUCAGCCUGCACUUGUUAGCUUUUUUUCAUUUAGUUUGUGGAAACUUUGCUUAUAGAUAUAUUGAUAUGUAUGAUCAAUGGGUAUAGAAACUUUAUUUUACCAUCAAUAAUCUGACUUUGUCGAUGAGGGCCGAACUGUAGAUAAGUGGAGCUUUCUUAAUCCUCUCAUUACAGUGGUUUCUUAGGUGUGGAUUAACUUUGAAAUUUUCUUUUGUAAAACUAUAUAGUAGAAAUAUAUUUUUAUUUUGGUAAAGGAAA